UGGAUGUACACGCUGCGGAUGUAAUGAAUACGGAUCGGUUCGUGACGACUGUGAACAGACAACGGGAAGGUGUGUUUGUAAACCUAACGUUGAUGGGAUGAAGUGUGAUCGUUGUGCUAGAGGAAAGGUUUUGGAACCACAGGGUUGUGUUGACGCAUCUUUGGCGAAAAUGGUAGGGGCAUCAUGUGACAGCUUGACUUGUAAGUACGGUGCCAACUGUACGGAGAAGAAUGGCCGAUUACAGUGUGUUUGUGACUUUAUAUGUCCUUCCUCUGACACCAACAAUCCAGUCUGCGGAAAUGAUGGUUACACUUACGGUUCGGAAUGCCAGCUUCGGUUGCUAAGUUGUCGUUAUCAGAAGCCCCUUUCAGUCUCGAACAAGGGCCCCUGUAAACGAGAUGUGGACGUAACACCCACGGGUAGCCCUGUUCGUCGUUCCACAGUUCAGAAGUCCACUGUCGAUCAGUUUGAGUCAAAGUCAACACGAGACAUUACUCUAAGUCUACCAGAAAACUUGUAUCUUAGUACCAGACCUACCAUUGCAGCGCCAGUGGAAAUGGAAAACUCCGUGGAAGUUCCAGCGUUUUCUGGUCGUUCCUGGAUCGAACUUCGGAGACUUGACGCUUAUGUUCGAAUGAACGUGAAGUUGGAGUUUCUGACUCUUGCUAAUGAUGGCAUACUUCUUUAUAAUGGACAGAGUAAUGGUGACAGCGAUUUUGUUUCCUUAGCUGUUAAAGACGGCUACGUGGAAUUCAGGCAAGUUUCUUAGGGACUUUAACUGUUAAAGACGGCUACGUGGAAUUCAGGCAAGUUUCUUAGGGACUUUAACUGUUAAAGACGGCUAC